ACCGUGGUGAAAGAGGGAAGAGCACUUUUAGCAAAUCUGACUUUUAAUGGGCAGGAUUUUAACCUCUUAAAUAUUUAUGGUUUUACUGAUAAACACGACAGGUAUGACUUUUUAAAGGAACUGCAGCCCCACAUGUUAGGAAGAAAACCGUUAAUAAUUGGGGGGGAUUUUAAUUGUGUUUUAACCAGAAAAGACAGGAAAAGAAUAGGACAAAUAUAUAAGGUAGACAAGACAUCACUUUUAUUACAGAGGAUAGUCAGGGAUUUUAAACUAGUGGACUGUUUUAAAACCAUGCAUCCUAGAGAGGAGGGCUUCACCUGGGUCAGUGAUGAUAGCUCUAAAGCCUCUCGAAUUGACUACUUUUUCAUCAGAGAUUGCACCCUAACUGAUGCUAGAUUGUCACCAGUUUUCUUUUCCGACCACCUCCUUCUGUCCUGCACUCUUUCACUUCCUUCAGGUGCGACGACCGGGAGAGGUCUGUGGAAACUCAACCGCUCCCUGCUGGAGGACCAGGCUUUGGUCAGCCAGUACCGGGAGCGGUACCAGGAGUGGCAGACCCUCCAAGACCUGUACGAAACACGAGCACAGUGGUGGGAGAUGGUGAAAGGUAGGACCCAGACUUUCUUCAGACAAGCCGGGAAAAAUAAGAAGAAAAAAGAACAGAGUCGCAUGAUGGGGCUGCAGAAAAGAUUACAAAGAUAUUAUUUUUUAAAUCAACAAGGUAUGAAUGAAUGUUACAAUCUGCACUGCAAGAACUGCAAAAGUAAUGAACACUUAACCAAAGACUGUGCACACCCCAUGAAAUGUAAUCUCUGUGGGGAAGAGCAGCACACAUUCAGAACAUGCUCCAAAUCAUAUGCAAAUAGAAUAAGAGCCCCUCAACAGCAAGAAGAAAGGCAGACGACAGUGGAAAACACACCUCAAAGUGCAGCUGAAAAUGCUGGAUAUAAUGUCAACGACCCUCAGCUGGAAACUGCUAACGAGCAAGAACAGGAGAAUUUGGAAGGAGGAACCUUCACUCUGCUACCAGUCUUCACAUCUCCUGAUCCUGAAAUAACUCCCACUGAGGAACCCACAACAGAGACUCUGGAGGGGGCCACGGCCCAGAUGGACUGGAGCGAGCAGCCAUUUACAGACUUGGACCUUCCUGAGGACAACCGGCAACUAAGGAGGCCAACUAGUGAAGACAGUUCAGCUGACGAGACCGUAGCAUCUUCAAGUGGCAAAAAGUCUCCUAGAGUGGUAACAGCAAUAGCCUGUCGAAACAUGCUUGAUCUUAUGCUGACCAACAUAACUACAGAUCAACAAGGAUUAAGAAUGACCCAAGAUACAGAGGAACUGAGUACUUCCCUUUCCCCCCCUGGUGAGGAAGGAGGUGGUUGUAUGGAGUCCUUUCCCCCAGCAGGAUGCCUUGGACAAACAAGCUUCACGUAAGCGGCAACAAGAAGAAUCAGCAGAGUCUCAAGGUGGGACUCCUGAAAAAGAAGGAUGGCCGGCCCCACAACAAAAUCCCAUGCUGUAUUUGGAGAAACAGCUUUUGAGCACUUUUUCUGGAGUGACUCAAAUGUUGAAGGAAGAACCCAAUGAUGACAGCGGCUCCAAAGACUCACUAGGGACUGUGAAAACCCAGAGAAAAAAGAAAGGUAAAAAAAAAAAAAUGUGUAAUACUAAAAUGAACUUCCUGUGAUUGACUCUACACCUUACUCCUAUUCAAGGUUAUGUCAGUCCUUAAGGUAACAACAAAUAAUACCAGAGGGUUGAAUGAUGCUGUAAAGUGUCAAACAGUAUUCAAUUACUUGCAUAAUAGUGGGGGAGAUGUUUUUCUUUUACAAGAAUGUUGGUUAUCAUUUAUGGAUAAUUAUGCAACAUUUCAAAACUGGUGGACAUACAAAAAAUCCUUUUGGUUAGGAGACAAUCAAAACCAAUCUUCAGGGGUGGGGGUGUUAUUUAAUAGUCAUUCCAUAAAUAUAGAAAGAGUAGAAAAUGUAGAUGGUAGGAUUUUAUCAAUUGAUAUUGAAAAGGAUGGUAGUAAACUUAGAAUAAUUAAUGUUUAUGGUUCGAUGGAUUUACAAGAAAGUGUUUUGUUAUUCCAGUCCCUUCAGCUUCUGCUUUGCAGUGGAAGACAGACCAUACUGGG